CGUUAAAUUUCUGUUUUAUUUUAUACAUCUCAUUUCUUGUUUGCUUUAACUCUAUUUUUAGAAAAAAAAUUUGCGAUGGCAGAAUCGUUUUCUGGAGCGGGGGAGGCUCUACGUGCCAUUGUUUCUUGGAACCCGGUUGGUGGUGAAUUUGCGAUCAACAUCAGUACUGACAAUGUGGAGGUAGCACGAGAAGUGUGCAAAACGGUCACUACACUAGGUGCUCUUUACAUUGGUUAUCAAUUAAUAAGACCAUUAAUUGAAGGUGCGGUUAGAAAUGGUCUUGGCGGUGAACGAGAUGACCAAGAAGUUCGAGGUAUCCGACCAGGAUCUUUGCAUGUUCGAUUACAUUGUUUUACAGACGAGAGAUUCCUGGCGGUCUUGGCAGAUUACGAAUCUGGAAGGAUAAAAGAACGCUUGCAGGAUGAAUUUUCGCAGAUUGGAAUUAAAGUAGAAGGACUCAAGGUGGAGAUUAAAAACAUGGUAGAGGUGAACAAAACAAAGGAAGCCAUAAACAACGAUAGGUAUGAACGAUUUCAAGUCCGUAUGUCUUUAUCAAAGCAGAUAACGUAAGACAAGAUUCAAAUACCCUUUUUAUACUAGACGUAUUUUAAUAUCUUUCCGGAUAGAAAUUAUGUAUUCAUGUUCUAACUAUGGCGGGUAUCUGAAUUUCCUGCAUGAUAGUGACGAAUGUUUUCUGUCGGUGAUACCAGAUGACGUUCACUUUAUGACAGUUAUUUUUUAAAUACCGUUAAAGUGCAUCUAAAACAGGCCCACUAAAUUUCAGUAUAUAAACGUAGCUUAUUAAGAGCAAUAGUGAUCAUGGAUACGUACGUGAUUGCUGAUACAGAAUACUAAUAAAACACAGGUGUAGUUGUAUCAGAUUUCACGAGACCGAUUCUGCUUCUUCUUUGGAAAAAUAUUAUGCACAAUUUGGUAAUAGAAUUUUUUCCGAGUUCCAGUCAUCCAGGGGCAAAAUCAUUACUCAUCCAUGCUUGUAGACGAGAAGGGUCUGGUACGAGACCGAGUAAUGUUUCUCCUCUGCAGAAAGAACAAUAACUAACAAGGCGCUUAAACGUCCGCGUAUCGACCGCUCGCACUUGAAAGACAUGUCAAGAAAAUUACGAGUGUAAACUCAGCAUAACUAAUUUUUGCCUGUACCUUCAGCUGCCGUUUCCGGGUAGCAAAUGUGUUUCUUUGCCCAUAAUUACUCGUAUUAUUUUGGCAGAUAUUUCCACUACCAUUUUUGCAGACUCGCGCAUGCGCUUGACUUUUGACCGCGUUGUUACUAUAACUAAGAGAAAUUAUAGGCUACUACUUUCGCGCAACGAACAGUAUUUAGCAAAAUAGUAUAAACAUCUUAAUAUGGUUGUUUUUUAACACAGAUCUCAUAUCAACAAGGAUCUCAACGAGGACGUGAAAAAUAUUGUAAUAAAUGAUGGGGAGAGUAAAAUAAAGAAAGAGUUGCAGGUAAAAAUAUUGGAGAAAUGA